AUGGCGGAAAAACCAUACAUUUGUUCUUACUGCGGGCAGACGUUUCAAGGGACUUCGGCCUUCAUGGUGCAUGAGAGGACACAUAUAGCAGAGCGAGUAUAUAAGUGCUCGCAUUGUGGGAGAACGUAUCCUUGUCUUUCUGACUUCCACAUACACCUGAACAGCCACAUUGGAGAGAAGUCCCAUCGACGUGCUUCGGGUGGUGUCAGAGGCUCCAGUCGGAGUGCCCCCCUGCCUCCGCACAGAGGAGCCUGCCUGGCAGAGAAGUUCGGCUUUGAGAGUGGCGAAGAGGACGAGGGGCCAGAGGGGGUGUCCGCCCAGGAAGUCCAAGCUCAGGCCCUCCCGCAGCAGGACCCCUGGGGGCAACCCGACAACCCCGGCUUCAAGGCUGAGGCGGGAGACUUUGGGCCCCAGGGCCCGCAGGGGCCCUUGGGGCUGAUUGGGCCCCCAGGGAAACCAGUCCACAAGGGUCAAGGUGGAGCUGAGGGGGUCCGGGGUGUGCCCGGAGAGCCUGGUGUCGAGGCUGCCUGGGGCUUCGACGGACUCCCGGGCCUGCCGGGGGGAAAGGGUUUUGUCUCCAGAGGACCUGAUGACGCUUCCUCCUUCACCACCCAGUUCGGCUUUGAGAGCGGCGAAGAGGAUGAGGGGCCGGGGGUCUCUGCCCAGGAAGCCCAAGCUCUGGUUCUCCCGCAGCAGGACCCCCGGCGGCAACCCGACAACCCCGGCUUAAAGGCUGAGGCGGGAGACUUUGGUCCCCAGGGCCCGCAGGGGCCCUUGGGGCUGAUCGGCCCCCCAGAGAAACCAGGCCACAAGGAGGGUCAAGGUGGAGCUGACGGGGCCCGGGGCGUGCCCGGAGAGCCUGGUGUCGAGGGUGACCCCAGUGAGCAGGGCCUCCCUGGCCCCCAUGGCGAAGACAGCGAGAGGAUGGAAGCCACAAUCCCUGAGUCGGAAGGAGCUUCCUUGGGGCAAGGGCAGGAGGCACUGGCCAUGGAGCAUGCCCAAGAUCCCGUCUCCUUUGGUAGGAGCACAGAGGCUUCUGGCCUGACCCAGUGCUGCGUCAGAGGAUGUGGGCCGGAGACCAGUUCCCAGGUGGUGGCCCCGGCCGAAGGUUUCCUCCUGAGCCAGGCAGAGGACGAGAGGCAGACAGAGCAGAUGGAAGAUGCAAUCCCUGAAGUGGAAGGAGCUUCCUUGGGGCAAGGGCAGGAGGCACUGGCCAUGGAGCAUGCCCAAGAUCCCGUCUCCUUUGGUAGGAGCACAGAGGCUUCUGGCCUGACCCAGUGCUGCGUCAGAGGAUGUGGGCCGGAGACCAGUUCCCAGGUGGUGGCCCCGGCCGAAGGUUUCCUCCUGAGCCAGGCAGAGGACGAGAGGCAGACAGAGCAGUGGCUGUUGCUAGGCAAACAAGCUUGGUUCGCAGAGGUUGAUCAGAGGAAUGAAGCGCAUGAGGACGUUCAUCAGCAUGUGCCAGAUAAAGUUAAAAAUGUAGACUUGAAAGAAAACGUCAGGAAUCGAGACAGACCAGAGAGAAAGACAGUUGGUCAUGUGGUUAAGAACAGAGAUGGGAGACGUCAUAAUGUCGGUAUUACAAAGCACAGGAUAAUAAAGGCAAGUGAAAAGUACUUCAGAAACAGAUCACAGCUCUUUAUACACCAAAGAAUACAGAGAGCCAAGAAACCUUUUGAAUGCUCAGAGUGUGGAAAGAGAUUCAGUUACAGUUGCCAUCUUCAGAUGCAUUUUAGAACCCACACAGGGGAGAAACCUUUUGAUUGCUCAGAGUGUGGAAAGAGAUUUAGGCACAGUUCCCAUCUUCAGAGGCAUUUUAGAACCCACAAAGGGGAGAGACCUUUUGAAUGCUCAGAGUGUGGAAAGAAAUUCAGUCAGAGUGAGAAUCUUCAACUACAUUACAGAACCCACACAGGGGAGAAACCUUUUGAAUGCUCAGAUUGUGGAAAGAGAUUCAGUCACAGUUGCCAUCUUCAGAUGCAUUUUAGAACCCACACAGGGGAGAAACCUUUUGAUUGCUCAGAGUGCGGAAAGAGAUUCAGUCGGAGUGGCAGUCUUCUACAGCAUCAGAGAACCCACACAGGGGAGAAACCUUUUGAAUGCUCUGAGUGCAGAAAGAGAUUCAGUGUGAGUAGCACUCUUAAACUGCAUCAGAGAACCCACACAGGGGAGAAGCCUUUUGAAUGCUUAGAGUGUGGAAAGAGAUUCAGUCAGAGUAGCACUCUUCUACAGCAUCAGAGAACCCACACAGGGGAGAAACCUUUUGAAUGCUCAGAGUGCGGAAAGAGAUUCAGUCGGAGUGGCGCUCUUCUACAGCAUCAGAGAACCCACACAGGGGAGAAACCUUUUGAAUGCUCUGAGUGCAGAAAGAGAUUCAGUGUGAGUAGCACUCUUAAACUGCAUCAGAGAACCCACACAGGGGAGAAGCCUUUUGAAUGCUUAGAGUGUGGAAAGAGAUUCAGUCAGAGUAGCACUCUUCUACAGCAUCAGAGAACCCACACAGGGGAGAAACCUUUUGAAUGCUCAGAGUGUGGAAAGAGAUUCAGUCGGAGUAGCAAUCUUCAACGGCAUCAGAGUAUCCACACAGGGGAGAAACCUUUUGAAUGCUCAGAAUGCGGAAAGAGAUUCAGUUGGAAUGGCAGUCUUCUACAGCAUCAGAGAACCCACACAGGGGAGAAACCUUUUGCAUGCUCAGAGUGUGGAAAGAGAUUCAGUGAUACUAGCACUCUUCGGAAGCACCAUAAAACCCACACAGGGGAGGAACCUUUUGAAUGCUCAGAGUGUGGAAAGAGAUUCAGUCUCAAUAGAACUCUUCACCUGCAUCAAAGAACCCACACAGGGGAGAAACCUUUUGAAUGCUCAGAGUGCGGAAAGAGAUUCAGUUACAGUUCCCAUCUUCAGAUGCAUUUUAGAACCCACACAGGGGAGAAACCUUUUGCAUGCUCAGAGUGUGGAAAGAGAUUCAGUCUCAAUAGAACUCUUCACCUGCAUCAAAGAACCCACACAGGGGAGAAACCUUUUGCAUGCUCAGAGUGUGGAAAGAGAUUCAGUCUCAAUAGAACUCUUCACCUGCAUCAAAGAACCCACACAGGGGAGAAACCUUUUGCAUGCUCAGAGUGUGGAAAGAGAUUCAGUCUCAAUAGAACUCUUCACCUGCAUCAAAGAACCCACACAGGGGAGAAACCUUUUGCAUGCUCAGAGUGUGGAAAGAGAUUCAGUCUCAAUAGAACUCUUCACCUGCAUCAAAGAACCCACACAGGGGAGAAACCUUUUGCAUGCUCAGAGUGUGGAAAGAGAUUCAGUCUCAAUAGAACUCUUCACCUGCAUCAAAGAACCCACACAGGGGAGAAACCUUUUGAAUGCUCAGAGUGU